AAUUAAUCGAAAUUAAUUUUUUUUUUGCAUCUCUCUUUUUCGUCUUGACUGUAAGAACGAAAGGAUCGUUUUUCUUGGUACACUAGAUAUAACGAUCAGCCAUCAUGGUCAACCACAGAAUUCCCCAGGUAUUCUCCAAAACCUCUGUUACACCACGUAGACCAUACGAGAAGGCUCGUCUUGACCAAGAAUUAAAGGUCAUUGGUGAAUAUGGUCUUCGUAACAAACGUGAAGUAUGGAGAGUCAAGUACACUCUUGCUAAAAUUCGUAAAGCUGCCAGAGAACUUCUUACUCUUGAUGAGAAAGAGCCAAAGCGUCUUUUUGAAGGUAAUGCACUCUUACGUCGUUUGGUCAGAAUUGGAGUUUUGGAUGAAAGUAGAAUGAAGCUCGAUUACGUUUUGGGUUUGAAAAUUGAAGAUUUCUUGGAGCGUCGUCUUCAAACACAAGUAUUCAAGCUUGGAUUAGCUAAAUCAAUUCAUCAUGCUCGUGUUCUUAUUCGUCAAAGACAUAUUCGAUACCAGAAUGAUGUCAUGGGCUGAAAACCCUCCAGGCUAGCUUUCGUUUGAUUUUCAUAAGGCCACUAAAAUGUUUGAUCAAUUUAUUUGAUCUUCAUUUUACGCCUGAAACCAUAUCGAUGUGCUCCUGAUAAGCAGAAUAUUAAUUUUUAUUAUUUUUAUUCAAAAAGACCACUUGUGUGUUUUUAUAACACUCAAUGUCUCCAUUAAUUUUCUUAAAGACCACUUGAAUUGUUGUCUAUCAAUGACACAAUCAACGUCUCCAU